UAAAAAAAAACCCUAUUCUACUGAUUGGUCGCAAUCCAUAAACCCUUUUCAUUCUAUUAACCAUGCACUCCCAUAUCGAGACAAUCCUCUGGAACCAGGACCAAAUUUCCCGCCGUGUCUCCGAGCUCGCCGCUGCAAUCUCCGCCGACUUCAGCGGCCUUUCUCCGGCGCCCGUGGUUGUCGGCGUGGCCACCGGCGCUUUCCUCUUCCUGGCCGACCUCGCUCGCCAAAUCGACCUCCCCAUCGCCGUUGACUUCCUACGCGCCGAAUCCUACGGCUCCGGAACCCACUCCAAUGCCGCUCCCACCAUUUCCUUCGAUUUGAAGCUCGACAUCAGAGCCCGCCACGUCAUCGUGGUUGAAGAUAUUGUCGACACUGGACAUACCUUGUCUAAAGUGAUUGAGCACUUGAGAUCGAAAGGAGCGUCCUCUGUUUCUGUCUGCGCUUUCCUUGAUAAACCUUCUAGGAGAAAAGUUAACUUUCAGCUGGUUGGUGAAGGCAAAUUCUACCGGGGAUUUGAGUGUCCAGACUAUUUUGUUGUAGGUUAUGGAUUGGAUUUUGCCGAACUGUAUAGAAAUUUGCCUUACAUUGGUGUCUUGAAGCCUGAACUUUACAAGUGAUCUUAUAUUUCUUAGUGAGCACUUGUCACACAUGGAACCUUAGAGCGUUAAACAUAGUUUUGCAAGUUUUUCUGCCACACACUUUUCCGAUUACCACUUGAUUCGCGGAAAGAACCAAGAAUAGCAGAUAGAAACUAGAAGAAAAUGAAUAACAUGGCUAUCAUUGAAUAAAUUGUUUCAUAGCGUUGCAGUUUCAUUUUCACAGUUGUCUUAUUUAAGUAAGGUGACAGUGUUACUUGGACAAACUCUUAACUCUAAGAGAGAAUAUUGCAAAUAUUUGUAUUGAAGAAAUACGUAGGACUUUGAUGUGAUCCAA